AUGACUGACCUGACUGCCUCUGACACGGAGGCGGAUGACGCAGCCGAUGCCCGGGCCGUUCGCCAGCAGGUCCUCGCGUUUGGGCAGGGCCCCGCGGCGCCCGGCAGCAACGGAGUGGGCACGACGACGCCAGCUGCAGCGGCGGUCGCCGAGGCAUCCUUCAGCGCGGUGGACGAAAUCCGCGGACGUGCAUCGACGACCUUCCGCCCAACGACGCUGGAGCAGCAGAUACACAAUGCUAUCGGUCACCCGAACCACCAAGGUAAGGAUGCUCAAUGUAUUCUCGAAUGUGCUCAGCAGGCUCGUGAAACCUGCUUUCGUGCUGCUCCCCCAAUUCUCCGCGGCGCGUUCGAUUUCGGGUUCCACAUUCGCGGUCUUUCGGUUAUGCACUUUGUCCGCGAAUCACACAUUUCGACAAUGGAGACGAGCGGGGCGGUGGUCAACAUGACGGAUUUCUCUAGGAAGAACGGUCUGCAGCCCGCGGCGGCCGAGCCGUCCUAUACCGGGCUGCUCGAGGCGCUCACGAAUUUGCGCCACUUCGGACGCAAGUUUUACAACGCCGCCACGGUGGACCGCCUUCUGCUGUGGAUCAACAUGAAGCUGGGAAAGUUCCGUGGGCUGGUCAUCUCGGUGGGGCUAGCGGCUGCCGCCCGCAUCACUGACGAGUUUACGCUUCAAGACUCACUCCUCUCGGAGCUGCUGUACGAUCUACAGAAGGCCAAGUUGGACAAGCUGACAGCGAUGAUCGAGGCGCAGCAGCACCCGUCGCCGAAGGUCCGCUCGAAGGGCAAGGAACACCAACCGGCGAAGCUCACAGGAAGAAUACCCAAGUCGAUGGCGCGAGGUCUGCCCAAGCAAGGUUCGCAGCAACAUUGCCUCAAGCACCUGUCCAUGAUGGGGUGCAGCGGCAACGGCACACCCGGGCAGUGCUUCGCGAAAGGGCGAGCCCACUUUCGCCCUACGGCCCUGUCGAGUGAGGCCAAGGACCACACCAAGCAACACUUCGGAGAUCUCGCGCCGGAAUUCGCCGAUCUCUGA